AUGUCAUCCCCUCAAAAAUACCCAGGCUCGCCGGGAACUACGGCUCCUCUGCGUCGAGGUCUAUUUAAAGAUGGCAUUUGGUGUUGCAACUGCCCAGAGCGGCCAGCUGCCGCCCGUCGUCAAACAAAGAAGCAGGGAGCAAACUUUGGGAAAUGGUUCUGGACUUGCGCGCAGUCUCCACAUCUCAAGUGCAGCUUCUUCUUGUGGGCAGAUGACGCUACAAUGCGCGAGCAAGCAGCCGUUCUUGCCAACUCUCGAUCAGAACUUGACCCUGUCUCGCUCACCCCAUCAAAGCGUACUUUAGGACGUACGAACAACGGGCUACUCACUCCACAGACUGAGCGCAGAUUCAUCAAUACCCCACAGCGCAACUUCAAGUCGCCCCCGAAAACAGCUAAGGCCAGAAUGAUCUCAGAAGCGUCAGACGAGUUUGGAUGGGAUGAUGACUCGGACGACAAUGAUGAGCUGCUCAAGGCACUCUCUUCUAGCCAGACCGAGACCUUCAUCUCGCAACCCAACUUCCAUCCCGAAUCCCCGUUCAAGACCCCCCGCACCUCCACAAUUACCUCACCCGGAAAGCGCAAAUUGACGGAAGUUACAAAUGAUAAUCUUUCAUCCGACCAGUCUGCACCCGCGACGCCUUUCUCAUCCCGCUCCUCUCGCACCGAUAUGUUCCCUCCCUUGUCUGCAGAAUUAUGCAUGACCCCCACACCUAGCAAAUACAACGAUGUACUUUCUGCAGACUCGAAGUUUGAUACUUCGGAUCUUGCAAAGAGUCUACUCGAUAUUCUGGAGAAACAUAGUGUUGUUCUGCCAAACAAAGCGCACGACGAGGUCGUCUCGCUGCUUAACCGGCAGGACUUGAAGACACAAGGGAUUAUUCGUGGGCGGGAUAUGACACGACUGGCAUUAAAGAAGAAAGAUGAGGAUAUCAAGAAGCUACAAAACCGUGUUUCCAGCCUGGAAGCCCAGAGGGAACUGGAUCGUUCUCUUAUUGAAGGGAUGAAACCCUAUUGA